GUUUGAAGAUGCUGACGGACCAACAAAAGGGAGCAGAAACACACAUUACGAAGCGAGACCGGUAAAUACGAGAAUACACGCUGAUCGCCUCCAUCUGAUAAACGUUUCCCCAUUCUGCGGCCGGAUCUUUGGAUUUUCCGUUGCAAUCCUCGGCAUUACGUAGCAGGAGGUUCUCUCCGGGGGUCAUUUGUUUCGUCGCAAAACAUCGAAUUGUGCAGAAAUGGCGGGGAAGAUCUUUGGACGGACACCAGGGUCCCUCAGUGCCCCGAUAGCUGCCUUUUCGAUGGCCGCCAUCCUGUGCUCCUACUGCGUCAGUUCUAUAAACACCGCUCGCCGGGAAGCGCAGACUUCUUCGGGAUCUGUCGACAUCCGCCACAAGCAGCCGACGUCAGACAAGGCAGUCACGCCCUCUUGGGUUCAAAAGGCACUCGAAGAGAGCCGCGAGGCAGAGAAUCGAGGUGGCACUAAGUGACUUUGAGGGAUUGGCUGUUCUGACUCUAUCCGGACAUGUUUGUUCUUCUCGCUAGGGAGAAAGCGCGCAUCUCCGGACUGGGUCUGGUGGUUCCAGGCGGGCAAUCAUCUCAUGCAAUGGCUUUUCAUGGAACGGAAACUUGACCGGAUGCAACGACUGCUCGUCUGUGGAUAUUCUUUCAUCGAGCGGAGAACAUGAUCCGUUGCCUCUGGUCCUAGGAGUUUUGCGCCGUGGGAUCAGUGCAACCGCCAAGUUCCGGGAAAGCCAGAUGCUGUCGUUCAUCGGUCUCACUGUGCAAAGUACCACAUCUAAAAGACCAUAGUUGUCUACAUAUCGAAGACUGAUUUUGACUGUUGAACCACACACAGUUGUAUUCCCUAUGUCGCAUCAGCUAGCACUAAUGAACGAGUCUGUUCGGAGGGGACACCCUCUGUGGCCGUUUGACCAAAAUACAUAAUUGCCAUGAGACAG